AGUGUGGGACAGAAGGAGCUACAGGCCCCCUCCCACAUUAAAGAGGAGCAGCUUCAUGAUGAAGAUGAAGCUCAGUCCUUACAGCUUCAUCACAGUCAAAGUGAGGAGAACAGAGGGGCGGAGCUUGUAAGUCAACACAUCACAGAAGCUGAUGGAGAGCAUUGUGAAGAUAUCAAGUCAGAACCAGACAGCAUCUUUGCUCCACUGUCAGACAUGGACCACAUGAUGUCACACUCUUCUGAUCACAGUGACCACAUCCAAAAACCUUUGGAGAGUAAAAAUGACUCUAAAGGUGAUACGAGACAUCACACUAACAACAAACACUUUGACUGCUCUGAAUGUGGGAAAUCAUUUAGACUGAAGAGUAAUUUUACAAGACACAUUAGAAUACAUACUGGAGAGAAACCUUUUACUUGCUCUGUUUGUAAGAAGAGUUUCUCCAGAAAGGAACAAAUGACCACACACAUGAGAACACACAUUGGAGAGAAACCUUUUACUUGCUCAGCUUGUGCUAAAAGAUUCAAAACUAAGAAAGACAUGACCACACACAUGAGAACACACACAGGUGAGAAACCUUUUGCUUGCUCAGCUUGUGCUAAAAGAUUCAACACUAAGAAAGACAUAACCAAACACAUGAGAACACACACAGGUGAGAAACCUUUUACUUGCUCUGUUUGUAAGAAGAGUUUCUCCACAAAACAUUACAUGACCACACACAUGAGAACACACACUGGAGAGAAACAUUUUACUUGCUCUGUUUGUAAGAAGAGUUUCUCCAGAAAGGAACAAAUGACAAUACACAUGAGAACACACACUGGAGAGAAACACCACACGAUGUCAGACUCUUCUGAUCACAGUGACCACAUCCAAAAACCUUUGGAGAGUAAAAAUGACUCUAAAGGUGAUACGAGACAUCACACUAACAACAAACACUUUGCCUGUUCUGAAUGUGGGAAAUUAUUUAGACAAAAGAGUAAAUUUACAAGACACAUGAGAACACAUACUGGAGAGAAACCUUUUACUUGCUCUGUUUGUAAGAAAAGUUUCUCCAGAAAGGUUGACAUGACCACACACAUGAGAACACACACUGGAGAGAAACAUUUUACUUGCUCUGUUUGUAAGAAGAGUUUCUCCACAAAGCCAUACUUGACCAGACACAUGAGAACACACACU